AUGGCGACGCACGAGCAGUACAUACUGCACGUCACGGCGGGCGCAACCUACGACACGUCAAAACACGAAGAUGUCCUAGUCAACAGCGAAAAGCCCGUCGACAUAUCCUCCGACUUGAUCGACGCGCGCGUACACAUGCGCAUCAAAGACUACCGCGGCCUGCCAGAAGGCUCCCCAAAAACCUCACCCUACUUCUCCACACCCCAGCACCCGUACGAUCGCUACUCGAUAUCCUUCUCCUUCACACCCAAACAAGACAUCGCCGGCGACAAGCUAGUCUUUGGCAACGACUUCGAUCACCCUAUCCGCGACCGAUUACCGCCGCUGUUCGACAAGGCGUUUGGGGUAGUUAGGUGGUGGAUUGACCCAGGGCUAGACGGCGAUGUAUACGCGGACGAGCCAUAUCUCUACGGCGCGCUUCUUUCCUCCAUAAACGUCCUGCGCAUCGGCAGCAAGAAGGACGCGGACAAGCCGGCCAAGGGCGACCUGGAAGGCGAGGCACAAACAGAAGGAGACGUGGAAGUACCUGGCUCCGAUGGCGAGGCUGUUGUAUACGAAGAAGGCGCAGAUGGCGACGGCGUGGACGUCAGGAAGAGCAAACACGUACCCGACAGAGCCAGCGCGCGACAAAAGUUCUUCCUCACGGAGCAGAACAGGAAGGACUUUGUGUUUGAGGCUGGCAGGGAAUACAAGUGCGAUUUCUUCAACCCGUAUCUCGAUUUCAAUGAGUUUGCGCUGAAGAUCGGGUAUGGAUUACCUGUUAUAAGUAUGAUUGGGCACUGGGACGGACAGCCGCUGCGAUAUGUGCUCAAGAACCGGGAAACCAACCAGGAGCUCUUUGUCGUGGUUAUAGAACUACUGCCGACGGAGCAAGCUAAGAAAGAGGGUGCGGAAGAUCCGAAGGAGAAGUUUGAGGAGGUUCAUGGUGGCGGUGGGAAGAAGGAGGAUGGGAAUAGCGACCUUGAUUAG